UCACCAUCCCCUUUCUCUCUCUCUCUCUCUCUCUCUCUCUCUCUCUCUCUCUCUCUCUCUCUCUCUCUCUCUCUCUCUCUCUCUCUCUCUCUCUCUCUCUCUCUCUCUCUCCUUCUCUUCCUCUCAUUCCCAUACACAUAUACACUACCACCCACACCCACACACACACACACACACACAGUGAAACGGAGCAGGACCUUGUUAACUUUACAGGACCUAGAGAUUACUGGCUCAUUCUAAACGUCUAGUUUUUAUUUAUUGAGCAACUGUGACUUUUUCGCCUGCGGUCGAGAGUCAAGGCGUGUGUUGGACGUUGUGGUUGAAGGCAGGCUUUCGUCCUGUGCGAUUCUAAAGGGAAUUACAGGUGUAUGGAGGGCCUGAGGGUGUAGUGAGCAGCCCAGCCAUCCAGUCAUGGCGCUAGCCUGGUGGUGGUCCAGCCUCCGUGCAACAGCCCCGGUGUGGCGCCCGCUUCUCCUGCUCCUCCUACUUCAGCAAACGCUCUCUCCUGGUUCUCUGCUGGUCCACGGCCUCCCCUCCUGCCCGCGGAGCUGCACCUGCCAAGCGGCUAAAGAGGUCCACUGUACCUUCAGACACCUGACCUCCAUCCCCAAGGCCUUCCCCCCAGACACAGAGAGGGUGAACCUGGGCUACAACAGCCUGACAGAAGUGGAGGGCUCCGAAUUCCGGUCACUACGGAAACUGGAGAUGCUCAUGUUGCACGGCAACGACAUCAGCGCAGUUCACUCUGGCGCCUUCUACAACCUGAGAUCCCUGCAGAUCCUGAAGAUGAGCUACAACAAGCUGACGGAGGUGGACGCUGGCCUGUUCCAGGGCCUGGUGGGUCUGGUUCGCCUCCACCUGGACCACAACCUCAUCAGCUUCAUCCAGCCCUACUCCUUCUCCGGGUUGCCUGCCCUCAAGCUGCUGCAGCUGGAGGGCAACGUGCUGCGGGACCUCCACCCCCACACCUUCAUCACGCUCUCCCUGCUGGGCACCUUCUGGUCCUCAGGGCUCAGACACCUUCACCUCUCGGACAACCUCCUGGAGCAGCUCCCUGCGGCGGCGCUGCAGACCGCCCCAAGGCUGGAGGUCCUCUCGCUCCACGGAAACCCCUGGUCAUGUGACUGCCAGCUCCGGUGGCUGCUGGACUGGAACUCCAGGCACGAGGGUGUGAUCAAGUGCAAGAAGGAGCGUGGCGCUGCAGAGACGUGCGCCCAGUGCUCCUCCCCGCCCCUCAACGGCAGCCGGGUCCUCGACCUGACCCCAGACCAGCUGUCCUGCCAGCGUCCGACCCUGAACUCCCCUCUCAAGCGGUGGGACAGCCCCAUGUGGGCGGAGGCAGAGGCGGAGCCGGACCUCCCGUACACCCGCGACCUGGAGAAACCCUUGGGCCAGCUGACCUUCGUGUUGUCGGACAGCCACGGCAACAGCGCCCACGUGCUGUGUGACGUGCAGCGGCCAGGAGAGGGUGUGGCCAUGACGUGGUCGGAGCGGCCCGGUUCGCCCGGGGAGGUGUCCGUCAACGUGUCGCUGGCCACCGUCCUCCAGUGCGAGAUCGACCGGGAGGCGUUGCAGAACCUGUGGCGGCUGGUGGCGUAUUACUACGAGAGCCCUGCUAUCCUGGAGAGGGGGGCGCCGAGGGACAACGCCAACAGCACCACCUACCAGUACGCCCAGGCCAUCAAUGAGAACUCCCCCUACUUCACCGACCUGAAGGGUUACCUGACGGCCGAGCCCGGCUGGCUGCUCCAGCACCGGGUCACGCUGCAGCUCAACCGGCGCCAGACCACAAACAAAAACCUGGUGAUGGACUUUUCCACUCUGAUCUCUGAGGUCAUAAACACUCGCCCCAGGCAGGGUGACGGCCAAGGCAACAUAGAGACCGCCUGGGCCCUGAUUCGGCGAGGGACCGCGGGGCAGGUGCAGUCGGUUCUUGAGGGCACCAAGGCCCAACUGGAAUGUGACGUCAUCACCUCAGGGUCGGAGGUAAAAGUCGAGUGGAUGCAUCCUGACCUGUCCGUCAUCGAGGGGAUCGAUGGUAAAAGUGAGCUGUUGGAGAGCGGGCAGCUCGUCAUUCUGAACACGACCCUGGCAGACGCAGGACUCUAUCACUGCAUGGUCAAAACCCAAGCUGGAAUCGACCUGGUCCCCAUGAGGCUCACUGUCAAACAACGCUCGCUGAGUCCUACCGCCUUCAACGGGGAGAAAAUGAGCGUCAAGAAGGGACAGACACUUUCUCUGCCUUGUAACGUGAGCACAGUGGAGCCCAGUAGGACAGUCUGGUACCUGCCAAAGAACCGGAUUCUACUUCCAACACAACAGGCGAGAAGGGCAGAAGUGUUGGCAAACGGGACGUUGGUGGUGAAGAAGAUGAGCCAAGACGAGGCGGGGGAGUACAGCUGCAUGGCUUCAAACAUCUACGGAGUAGACAUGAUCUCACACCAGGUAGAAGUCACAGAAGAGCAGAAGCCCACUGAGCAGAAGGAGGUAGGGCCGACCGUCUUAGUGAACGCUGAGGAGGAGGGCGAGGGCUCAGGGGUAGAUUACCAGGAAAUCAAACGCCCUUCUGCAACACAGUCUCCUAGAAGGGUUGGAACACCACAGCGGUUUCCUGGAGGGGUGAUGAAAAAGAAAAUAAUCAAAGAUCCAAAGAGAAAGCCUUACAAGCCUGUGAAGGAAUUAGAUCCAAAUCACUGGGCAGAGAUAUUGGCUAAAGUCAAUGCUAAAGCAUACACUAACAUUCCUACUAUGCACACAGACUUUAGUACAAAAGGGCUGACUACUGAACUAGCUAAAACCAGUACCCCCAGACGGGCCUAUACCGCCGCUCCUUCAACUACUGCUACGACCGCUGCUGCUGUAAUUUUUACCACCACGUCUGUUACUACAACUGAUGGCACUCAUUUAAUCAUGCCAGACAUUACAACAGAACAGACUGCUACAGAGUCCUACUCCAGUGAGAGGGAACAGACAAGGAAUAAGGACCAUGUUAAUCCCGAAAAGGAGCACUUUAGACCAGUGGUGAGAAGGCCUUUGGUCCGGCCCAGCAGUAGUAAAGCACCACCCGUCAAAGUAGUCAAUGAGAGAAUCCAAGACAUAACAGACAGCAGAACCAAUUCCCCUGCCAUAGUGGCCAUGUCUCCCCCUAACCAACCGUCAGGAGGGAGGGUCGUUGGGGGGAGAAUCAGAACCUCCCAGUACUCCCAAAGAUGGCCCAAUAGAAGGAGGCCCCCCUACAGACACAGACACCCAUCAAUGAGAAGACUUCAUCCUCAUCUGAACCAACAACCAACAACGGUUACCCAGGUGACCGCCAUGACCACCACAACCACAACAACAGUACCCACAACUACAACCACAACACCCACAACCACACCCAGCACAACAACCACACCCACCACAACAACCACGGCAACGACAACAACAACCACAGCAACGACAACAACUACAACCACAGCAAUGACAACAACCACAUCGACUACAACAAACAAAAGGACAUCGAUGGCUCAAACCACCGUGAGAGACGACCCACCAGAGGAUGAAGAGGAUUAUGAUGAGGCAGUUUAUGAUUACAAGGACAGUGAUUACUCGGAUGAAAGGGAAAUAGAUACGAUUAGUAAGAGCCCCGGUCUUGCUAAGACCACAACACCAAAAAAUGAAGUUGAUUCCAAAGUGGUACCUUCUUCAAGUAGAUAUCAUCUACAAGAUCCAAAAACCAUUCCAGAACCAGAACCAGACAAUGUGCUGCGUCCAACUGAAAUGGCGGUUGGGAAUCGAAACACAGACUCAAGAGCAAACGGAAGACGAGAAGAAGACACAAUUCAAGAAGCGUUCAGGCCUGCAGAAGAUAAGGAGAGCCAGAAAACAAGGAUUGAAGAGGAAAACAAAGAGAGAGAGAAAUCAAAUCCUAAUAGAUUUCUGCAAGGCCACCACACACAGGGCACCGUCCAUCAAACCAACCGCAAUAGACCAACAUCUCACAGUAAACCGCACAGUCCCUCACAGGAAAAUGAUCCUACAGUUUUACAAACAGGCACAGAAACGACAAGAUUGGACCCCAGGCAUAAAACAGAGGGGAGGCAUACUGAAAAGCCACAAACCAAACCAAGCCAAGCAUUUCCUAUAUCGGACCCCGUCCACCCUUGGCUUCAGCAACAAACCCAGCGAGGGGGACAUGCCCCCACGCCAUCAGAAGACCACAACUCAAAUAGAAAACAAAGCAAAGAGAACGUGCCAAAGGAAGGUGGUCGAGUAGAAGCUAAAUCAGAAGGACAAGGGAAGACUAAUGCGGCUCCACCUCCUCGCUUCCCCCCAUCCCCAAACUGGCCUUCCUUACAUCAUCAUCAUCAUCAUCAUCACCAUGUCCUCCAUCCUUCAGGGUCAGGGCAGAGAUCUUCUCCUCGGCCCCGGAAAGGCCCCGGGCUGUUUCCUUUCCCCACAUACCGAACCUGGUCUGGGGUGACCAACCGCCCAGAGAUCACAGCAGACACAGCCAAGCCCACGGCUUCAUUGAGCACUAAAUCCCAACCGGCUACCUCCCCACCACCAGCAUUGACUCCCAACCACUAUCAUCCUGGUGGUGGCGCUGGUGGAUGGUCUCAUCCCAACCCAGGGAGUGACACCCAAACCAGGGAUUAUCUCAUGUACUCCAAGCUCAGGAACAGAUACAGACAAGCUCAGCUGGAUCGCAUCGCCCAGCUGGGGAGACGGUUGACCCUCCCAAUCACGCCCAAGCCCCAGCUAAUCCCCCACCAUCAUCCCUCAUCCUCUGGCAAUCACAGAGCCCACAUUCUACCGCUGUUCAAACCCUACCCUAACCCUAUCCCCAAAACGCCGGUGCCGACACCUGCUCUGAAUGUGCCUAGCACACUGAAGCCCAUCCAGCCUGCCUUCCCCCCUUUGUCCUCCUCAUUUGACCUGUCCCCGACCCUCUUGCCACGCCCUAACACCACCCCAGUGCUCUUUUAUGGAAGUCGAUGGCCCAGUAUUGGAGGACGGAUCAGCUCUCGACGUCCCACUGUGGUGCCGCCUUUCCCCGGGCCGAUGGACGCUGUGGGAAGCGGAGCAGGGUACAAACCCCUUAUCGCCACGGCAACCAUGAGUGUGUCGGCGCUCGCAGAAAGCGAUGUGUACUUGCCUUGUAAGGUGAAAGGACACCCAGCACCCACCAUCGCAUGGACCAAGGUCUCGACGGGAGCUAGCAUCCCAGCCGGCACUCAGCAAGGACUGCGUUUCGAGGUCUUCAAGAACGGCACCUUCGUCAUUAAGAACGUGCAGCUCCAGGAUCGAGGCCAGUACCUCUGCACGGCACGCAACAGCUUCGGGUCGGACCGCGUUGUGAUCACCUUGGCCGUCCAAACUGAGCCUCCCAAGAUCCACCCUCCCACGUCCAGGGAGGUAGCGGUCUACCUGGGAAGGGACGUCCAUCUCCACUGCCUCACCUCCGGCAAACCGCCUGCCAAGAUCUCAUGGAUCCUUCCCAACAGGGCGUUGGUCCGUGAUGUGGAGUCCACCCAGACCCCCCAAACCCCGGUGGCCCUGCUGCCCAAUGGGACCCUUCACAUCCAGUCAGCCAAUUUCUCAAGCAAAGGGGACUAUAAGUGCAUCGCAAGCAAUGCAGCGGGUGCCGACACAGUGACCUACAACCUACACAUUGCUGCCCUCCCCCCGAGCAUCAACGAAGACCCGUCGGAGGCCGUCCACGUCCAACCAGGGAUGAGUGUGUACGUCCACUGCUCCGCUAAAGGAGAGCCAGAGCCUGUGUUGAAGUGGACCAUCCCAGGAGGGGUCCACGUUAAACCUUCCCAGUUCCUGGGGCGCAGGCUGUUUGUCUUUCCCAAUGGGACGCUGUAUGUGAGGAAUGCCGCACUGGCUGAUGGUGGGAAUUAUGAGUGUUCAGCAAAAAAUGCAGUGGGGAUUGCCAAGAGAACAGUCCAGCUUGUGGUCAGAACCGAAGCCCCAGCCUUCCCUCCACCCCCUCCUCCUACAGCCGCACUCAUCCCGCGGCCGCACGAACACGAUGCCAUCCCACGGCCCUCCCAGCAGCACCUGGUCUCCGCCAUGUACGGGUCCACGGUCUUCCUCCACUGCCCUGAGUCCACUGAAUCCACAAGGGGAACCAUUUGGCAGUUACCCUCCAAGACCAUUAUGGAUCAAUACAGUCCUGAGAGAUCCAUCACUGUGUUUCGCAAUGGGACUCUAAGGAUCAUACAUCUCACAGAAAUAGAUCGCGGAAACUACCUGUGUCUCUUUCAGCGUCCCAACGGGGAAGACAUGGAACUCUUUCAGGUGGAUGUGUUGAUGACCGCUCCAAGGAUAGAGCACCUGAGACCGAUGCCCCAUGCUACCUAUGGACAGAACUUCCAGGUUGACUGUGUAGCCUCAGGCCUCCCCAAUCCAGAGGUUUCCUGGAGCCUCCCGGAUGGCACAGUCAUCAACAACGCCCUCCAAUCGGACGACAGCGGUGUUCGCAACCGGCGUUUUGUUAUCUUUGACAACGGGACGUUACUCCUCCAGCAGAUGGGAAAAAAAGACGAAGGCGAUUACACCUGCCAUGCCAAGAACAAACUUGGCAGAGACGAGAGAAAAGUUAAAGUUACGGUUACGCCCGACGCUCCGAAGAUUAGUCCGGAAUCCCAUUUGUUGGCGACAGCCCGGCUCGGAGAGUCGGCCAAGUUUGUCUGCCAGGCAACAGGGGAGCCAAGGCCCAGGAUUCUGUGGAUCUCUCCUGGCCAUCACAUCAUAUCGGUGUCCUCAGAUCGGUACCAGGUCAUGGAGAACGGAGUACUAGUGGUAAAGAGGGUGACCCUCGCGGAUGAAGGGAAAUAUACGUGUAUCGCACGAAACCCAAUCGGAGAGGAUGUAAAAAACUUCCAAAUGGAGGUGGAGUCCCAGGAGCCUUCCAUCAACGGAAUCACAGGCAGGAGUACGUCGAGGGUCCUGGCCGUGUCCUACCAGACCACCCAGCUGGACUGCAAGGCGGAGGCCAACCCUGAACCCCGGGUGUCCUGGAUCACGCCCUACAGCCAACAGCUCCCCGCACCUUACGCCGGCGGUCGCUUUCAAGUGCACCCCAACGGGAGCUUGGAGUUGAGAGGCGUGAGGAAAACCGACGAAGGGAGGUACGCGUGUGUGGCUAAAAACACCCGCGGAGAAGCCACGUUUUGGGUGGAGCUUGAGGUGGCUUCGAUAGCUGAGAAGCCUAGCUUCGCCGUUCCCAACAUUGAAAUGGUACCGAUCAAACAGGACAGCAGGGAGAUAGUCCUGGAGUGCCCCGCCCGGGGUAAGCCCCACCCAGAGUUUGCUUGGAUUCUACCAAACAGAACCAUGCUUCCCCCCGGCAGAGCCCUGCAGCGCUUCGUCCAUCACCUCGGGAACGGGACUCUGAGGAUUUCCCAUCCAGUUGCGAACGAUAAGGGAGUGUACCGAUGUGUGGCGAAGAACGUGGCAGGUCAAGCCGAGAAGCGCUACACCCUGGAAGCAGGAAGGAAGCCGGUGAUCAGAGGAGUUACAGGUGGGAUGAAGAUUACCUAUGGCCACAGUCUGUCUCUGCCCUGUUCUGUGGACGACUGGCAGCAGGCAUCCAUCUCAUGGACCCUACCCAACGGUCGUCUCCUGGACAAACCCCAACACACCGGCCGGCUCUCUUUCUUCGCCAACGGGACGCUCCAGCUCAGAGAGGUGGCCACGUUCGACAAGGGAACCUACGUCUGCAAAGCCUCAAACACGUUUGGCUCACACACAUUGUCCUACCCGGUCACGGUGAUGGUCUUCCCUCCGCGCAUCACCAAGGCCCCGGCCUCGGUGACCAGGAUCCAUAGGGGGUCCCCGGUGACGUUAGGGUGCCUGGCUUCAGGCGUCCCCAAGCCGGAGAUCUCGUGGACGCUGCCAGGGCGCACCACGUUGGUGCCCCACAGCAGGUUCACCGUUCAGGGGGGCAUCCACAUGAUGGAAGACGGGAGUUUGGUUAUACAAAACCCCAUGCUGACAAACUCGGGCAUUUACAAAUGCAACGCGAAGAACGCCCUCGGGACAGACUUUAAGUCCACAUACCUGCAGGUGAUCUAAAGGAGAACGGUUGUUUCACAGUGAAGAAGCAGCACUUUUGAGAUCAUUGAUCUUCUCUCUCUGAAACUUGUGCUGGGGACAAGCUGGCUGAACUGUGUCCACUUAACCAACUGAUGGCUUUAUAACAGGAAGUGUGCAUUUAGCAUUGAAGAGUCCUCUGUCCGCUAACGGCUGAAUAAGCACAUAUCCCCUAAUGAAAUAUAUUUUCGAUUGCAACCUGUUUUUUGUUAUAAAAGUUUAAACCUUCAGUUUUGUAUAUAUAUAUUUUUGACAUUAUUAUAUUAUCAUAUUUUCGUCUCACUAGUAAGGAAAUCACGUUAACUAGCUUAAGAGCUUGUUAGAUUGUAUUUCAUACUAAGAUGUUUAUAUGAUGCUUGCAUAAUUGAAACCAAUCAGUGUAUUACAAUCCACUUACUGCCACAUAGGGUCAUCUAGCAAACAGUAGCCUGUACUCGACAGUUCAACAGCAUAAAUGAUCUAACCUGUCCCCCCUUUUCCACCGACAGUACCAGCUCAACUCGCCACGACUUAUGCCGCGUUUCAAAUGCAGGGUGCGGUACGGUCCGGUUCGCCUCAGUCCGGGAGGGAGGGGGCGGUAUAGCCCAGCUCAGUUCCGAGGUCGCGUUUCCACCGCCGACAGUACCCUUUAUGGUAGGCCGGAUGUCGAUCGCCACGGCAGCUACGUAAACAUUGUGACAUCAUAGCAGCGAGACAGAGAGUAGCCUGCUCAAAAAAACCAAUGGAAAAGUUGAACGCGACACAUUAAACCGUUCCUCACUGCUCCAUCAAGCUCCCUCUGCACGUCUUCCUCCCCAAGAAUGCAGAGGAACGUCUCCACCUCCUUGUUCGCCCAAGCAAGCGUUUUACGCGACAUGUUCAUUGUAAAGAAUCAUACCUCGAGGCUACUGUUUGUUUGUUUUUAUCCCCACGUCGCCCGGAAUGACGAUUCUGUCGACCAAUCAACGGAGGGGGUGUGUAGCUAGAAUUUUCUGGCACCCUUUCAGGCGUCUCAGUACCCCAAAGGAGGAGUACUGAAGACGAGGGCAAAACGAGUACGGCUCAGUCCGGGUCACGCCCACUUUUGGCGGUGGAAACGCAAUCCGUACCGCACCUUUGCGGUACUCGCAAGUGAAGAGCGGCUACAUUCCGAUUGGCUGUCAGUGUUUUGCCGCUGAAACGCGUCAUAGUAAUUUGCAUAAAGUUCAACGGUUUUCAACUUUUUUUGGACGCUCUGGUCACUCAACUUUGGCCGCUGGCAGCGUUGGUCGCUUUGGUCGCUCUUGCCCAUAGAAAGUGAAUGACUUCCGGCGAUUUGGUACCUCAAUUCGCUUCUGGUUUGGACGUACAGUUAGGCACAGGAGCGUUUCCAUCUCUGUCACGGUCCACGGCAAGUUCUUGCGCACUGAUCGGCCAUGUUCAAUAAUCAAUCACUAUUGUUGACUGACCGUUGAUGCUAGUAUUUAAAGAUGCCGGGUGUCGGCGGCCGAGUGUCGGGUGUCAGGCUUGCGCGUCGCGCUCAUCAUUAUUCGUCCAGUGGCGUUGUCCUACCAAAAUUGUACCGGGGGCGAAAAUUGUACCGGCUACGUAAUCCGCGGUCGAAAAUUCCAAACCUGCCUGGCAACUGAUGAUCGCGUCGAACGUUGCCUGGCAACGGACGAUCGCGUCGAACGAUGACGUCUAUUAUCUAAAUUAAAGUAACACAAACUAGCUAGACAACGUUACACUUUAAACACUCAGUUUACUUGCUAAAUUCGAUUAAACAAUUAAAUACAAUACAAAAAUAAACUAGGAUACACUUUAAACACUCAGUUUACUAGCUAAAUUCGAUUAAACAAUUAAAUACAAUACAAAUAUAAACUACGAUGCACUUUAAACACUCAGUUUACUAGCUAAAUUCAAUACAAUACAAAUAUAAAGUAUAAACAAGUGUUAUCUGUAUUAUGCUAUUUCGUCUUGAUGAGCGCAAAUGUUUUUUGAAACCUGUCUGGCAACGGACAAUCGCGUCGAUCGAUGACGUAAUGUUUCGACGCAGAUUACGUAGGCGGUACAAUUUUCGCCCCCGAUACAAUUUUGGUGUGACAGCGUCAGUCAGGCCAAUCAGGCCUGUUUACGCCACACAAAAGUAUCACAUCAGCUCUCUUGGAACCUCGAUGGAGGUGAGAAUAAAAAAGUAUCAGGAACCAGGUACCAGGUGCCUCAUUUUGGUGAUCGAAACGCAAAAAAAGGCUGGCCGAAUCGAGGCGAGUUGGGCAGGUACUGUCAGUGGAAAAUGCCCCUUUUCCCCUGGAAGGUAAGCAGAAUGAUAUUAUCAUUGAAGAAGGUAUUGAAAUAUCAGCAUCACGGUAUUCAACAUUCAACGUCGGUCAUGUUAAACGAAUGUGAUGUUGUGCAACAUUUACAAUUAUUUUUGAAAUCAUGUUCUAAGAAAAUCUAAAUAAAUGUUACAAUUUCA